UCAGCAUUAUUUGGACAAGAUUAUGGAGUUGUUACAUUUUUACGCAAAUCAAUUGGUCUAGACGAUUUGGAUAAAUGCAAGGAAGAUUUGUUAAAAUUAAUUACUGCAUAUAUGGAGAAAAUUGGUGGAAAGAUAAGUCCUUAUGCCGUACAAAUUAAGGACGUAUGCAUUUCGCUCUUUACGAGAGAUAAAGCCGCUAGGGUGAAAAAUGCCACAUUUCCUCCGUUACUACAGCUUUUGAGCUCGAAAUUGCAUUCAUCGGUAGUUGAAGAGUUGGCUAUUUCAAAGCUGGUUGACAAAUUUAAUUUAUUUAUUUCAUCUUACGCGUAUGUAGUCAAGAGUGGCAUGUAUUCCUUGCUUGGAACGAUUGCUGAAAAAUUUCCUGAAUAUAUUAUGCCUCAUGCUCAACAGUUAUUAACCAUUUAUCUGAAUACAUUAAAAUCUCAGAUGACUGGCAAAAAUACAAAAUUAGAUAUGCCUGUGAUUUAUGGCUGUCUACGAGGCUUAACAUCAUAUCUAUACAAUUUUACCCAAUCUGUUGAGGAAGGUAAGUAUUUCAGUUUAUUACCAAUAAAACACAACGUAGACUAUAUAAUCGUUAUUAGUCAAUAUACUGAUUCUUUUCUUUUAAAAAAAAAUAUAGCUGGACUAAAUUUGAUUGCAAAACAUGCUGCUCAAUUUUGUGAUUACAUCUCGAGAGAAGCUGAAGCUCUAUACGAGGUUAUCUAUCGAUGGUGUCGACAUCGAAAUAGAGAUAUACGAGCAGCGGCCUUUCAUGCCCUUGAAGAGAUCAUGAAACAGGUUUCUAUCUCAUAUGUAGAUAAUCAAACGAUUAAUAAUUUUACUAAUCUUUUCUUCCUUAAAAAAUUUAGAUCUAUUAUUGAUAGUGGAAGUAGUGAUGCUAAAGAGUUAGCUAUUGCUAUACGUGGAUAUGGUUACUUUGCUGCCCCUUGUAAAACAUUACUGAAAAAGGACGAUGUACGAUUUAUGACCAUGGAUCUCUUACAACGUAGUGAACAAUUGUUUUUCAUGUAUGUUGAGUACUUUAAGGACAAAAUUCAGUACUUACCUAGUUUUCUUGAAGCAUUUGCCAGCAUCUUGAAUAUACUUGAUGAAGUUAACGAUACAUUUACAAGAUCCCUCGAAAAGUUAACUAUUGUACUCUUUGAAAAUUUCCCCUACGUGAUUAAUGAACUCCAUAGCUUAUGCUAUAAAUCACUAUUUGAAUUAUUACUCGCAUUACAUUCUAAAGGAGCUGCUCUGAAGAAUUUUCUGUCUCGCGUUGUAUAUCAAGGGUUGAUAAGAACUUGUUCUCACCCUGUAUACGUUGAAACGGAUUCAGAUCUGAACAUUAGUCAGGAUUCUGUUAUCUUAGAGACUGGUCCACGCAUUUCUUAUAAAGACUAUAUUUCACUAUGGAAGAAUUUAAUUCAAGCUACCGAAAUUAAGGUAGAUUUAACUAUAAUAUAUCAUAGCAGUUUUCACCGUGAACAUAUCAUCUAUGUACAACGAAGUUUGUACAAUGAGUUACUACAUUCUUUACAGCGAAUUUUAUUAAAGCUUGACUUAACAUCUUCACAGCAAACAACUAUAGAAGAGGAGACUCAAUCAUCUGAAGGUACUUCCAAUCCUGUGGCUGGAUUGAAACCCAACGUUCCUAAGGAUUUUCAAGUUUUUAUUAACAUAGUCGACUUUACCAAAGCUUUACUGCCGACUACUCGAACCGAGUUCUUUCUUCCAUGGAUAUUCCCUUUUGGCAAAAAUUUAGUUUUACUGUCUACUAGACUACCACUAGUGAGUGGCUUUUAUAAACUUCUUGAAAUCUGUAUGACAAUCAGUUCCUCACUUUCAUACUUUGAGGUCAUUAUCACCUUCACAGAUAAAGAUAAGGCGGAAUCCAUCGAUAAAUACUUAUGUUAUUUGCUUUAUUACAAGUUUUACAAGGAGGUUUUAGUUCGAUUAAAACAGUACAAAGAUGAUCUACAUGUGUCCUGCUUGUCCUUGAUUCUGGCGUUGCCUUAUCAAUUAAUUCAAGAUGACAUGGCAUUGAUUAUUCCUGCUAUUAAGGUCUCGAUGAAUAUAGGAUUAAGUUAUUUACCACUCGCUAACGCAGCCAUUGAUGCCCUUGAAAGAUGGUCAUCUGAUCUUCCACAAAAUAUAAUAGGACCUUAUUUUUCAGAUAUUUUGCCAUGCUUUGAUGAUUAUUUAAAAUCUUCAGCGGACGAUACUACUGAAACGUUAGUUGAAGAUAGCUCGAAAGCAUUAAAGGCUCGUACUGGUAAAGCUAAAAAACUCCCUGUUAAAGUUGUCAACCCAACUGGUGGAUCAAAAGAUUCACCCCUAGCUCAAGUGCGCUUGAGAAUAGUACAGUUACUUGGGCGUUUAGGUGGAAAUACUAAUUCGCUGGUCAUAAGGAAAGGUAAUGAUGAUGGAUCAUCUCAGGCUGUUGCGUGGGACAACCAUAAACGUUUACCUUUCGCAAUCCCAUUUCAAGAUAUGAAACCAAUUAUUCAUUUGGAUCCAUUCCUGCCACGUGUGGUCGAGUUAGCGACGUCUUCUAGUGACCGCCAAACAAAAAUUGCUGCUUGUGAGUUAUUGCAUGCGUUAGUUUUGUAUAUGAUUGGAAGAGGAGCGCAACAGCCUGGAGGGACAGGAUCUGUGACUAAUUAUGGUAACUUAUACAAGAAAAUCUUUCCUGCAAUCUUAACAUUGGCGUCCGAUGUAGAACAGGUGUCACAACAAUUAUUUCAACCGCUGGUAUAUCAACUUAUUCAUUGGUUCACUGGUAAUUCUAACUACGAAAGUGUGGAGACGAUAGCUCUGUUGAAUGCGUUAUUAGAUGGUGUCAUUCAUUCAACUGACUCCGCAUUAAGAGAUUUCUGUGCCAAAUCUUUACGAGAAUAUUUACACUGGUCGAUUAAACAGACUACCAAAAAGCAACAAGAGAAAACCUCAAACAAUGCAAAAUCCUUAUUGAAGCGUCUGUAUAGCCUAGCUUCUCAUCCAAGUGCCAUUAAACGCCUUGGUGCAGCCUUGGCAUUCAAUAAUAUAUACGUUGUCCUCAGGGAAGAGUCGACACUGGUGGAUACAUUUAUAUUUGAAAUUUUAGUCAAUUAUGUUAAUUCUCUGGCAUUGUCUCAUACAGACGAGAAAUCGCUUGGAACACAAGAACAGUUGUCUAAAGCUUUAGCUCAUAUUGAACGAAUUAUUAAAGCAAAAGCAUCAACGCUUAACAAAGAGAGCAAAAAUCGGCGAACUCCUACUGGGUUUAUGACUAAGACAGUUACUCUUCAUCACGUGGUUAACUGGUUGGUCCGGCAGUGUGGUAGACCACAAACAGCUUGCAGGCAUCAAUGUAUGCAAUUGGUUUAUGGCCUCGCUCCUCAGUUAUCAGGCGUAUCUACGAUUCAAGAUUGGGUUAAAACAAUUAUUGGGAGUAGUAGUGUUACGUUCUUUAUUACACGAUUUGAGGGAGGCGGUAGCAAAUAUGGAAUUGGCAGAUACCAAACUGCCUUGGAUAUAAGUGAUACAUUCAAUUUGCGAUCAAUGAAGAAUUGGUAUGAUUACUUUUUGGCCGCUUUAGACUGUUAUUCUUGGGUAUUUAGCGAGAAAAUGAUGUCUCCUGAACAAAUUAUAGAUAAGGCACAGCUUGGUUCCUGUAAAAUAUUUGGCUCAAUUGAAUUCUUCUUGUCGAAAUUAUGCUUACAUUCAUUGGAUGAAACCGUUAAAUUAUUAUAUUCAAAAUCAACGUUGCAACUUUUUACACCGCGAGAGAUUGAAGAAUAUAAUAUGUGCAAGUGUACGACUAUUGUUAGGUUGAUCAAUUUUUUGGCUGUCUUGCUACAAAUGAGUCCGACUUCAAUAAUUGAGGGCAUACCUCGCCAAAUAUGGAGCCAGAAUUUAUUCGAAAUGAUUUUUCUUUGCAUUUUAACACCACAUCAAUUGGGAUUUAAUGUUGGGGAUAUAGAAGUAUUGGAAAAGCUCCCGCAACAGGAUAUAUGCGGAUUAUUUCAAAUGAAAUUACCGAAAGAUAAAAGGGAAUUAAUGAUUAUAACAUUAAAGGAAUUGUUAUCUCGGAACAGGUUUGAGCAUGUUAAAUCUUAUAAUUUACCAGACUUGUUACCCAUACGGUUCGAUCGAGACAACGAAUUAAAUAUUGAUUUCGAGCGGUUAACAUUCUUAAUUAAGGGCUAUAAACAAUUGCUGACAAUGGGGAUACUGAAGACUACGCCUGCGGACCAUAAGGAUUUAAUAGAAAAAAUUAUGAAAUCUGUUGUUGACUGCUUUCGAGGGCGUGAAAUGAACGGCGAUCGAACAGCAUUAUCUCCAGCGCAGCAAAAGGUUGCUGCUGAGUUACUUGAUUUAGCUUUCGAAUUGAAUGAAACAAUCGAUAUAUUCUUUAGAUAUUUGUUGGAUGAAACAAAAUUAUAUGGAGAUAGCAAUAGCGCAACAGCAACUCUUGGAAUGACGCUGUAUUAUACAUUUAACAGUAAUAUUAAUGCUUUCCUGGCGAAAGUAUCUAACCAGUGUUUGCCUAUGAUACUCGAUUUGGCUGCUAGUAAAUCAUUCAUGAUAUCUGGGAUAUUAUCUGGAUUAUUAGAUUUCAUACUGCGUGACAGAGGUUUACGCCAAAGCAAAGGGAUCCAUAUCUCUAAAAAGAUACUAUCUUCGUGGAAUUCGUUAAAGUGUUGGUGGUUGACACCUGAUGCUCAGGACUUGCUGCAAAUAUCUGUUAAUAUACUCAACAAAUGCUUAACUCUGGAUCCUCAGUUUACAACUCAAAGUAAUGAUUCAUCAUUUGAGACAGUUUUCAAUUUCUUUUUAUCGCUCCUGUCUGGUACAUCAACCAGUUUGGCGUUUAAAAAAUAUGUGCUAGAUCUGCUACAUUUCUUUCUUGUAUCUAGUGAUAAAAGGAUUCGCGAGUUACGGUCACAUUUGGAUCGAAUGAUUGUUGAUAAGUUCCCGUUAAAAUCAGCUGAAUUUGUAGUUGGUAGCCCCGAUUAUAACGACUAUGUCGCUUGUAUUGACAAGCUAUUAGCAAAUUUGAUCAAAUCUGGUAAUUUAAUGCUGCUGGAAGUUCUUAUUAGCGUAAUGUGUCGUGAAAAAAAGCACGCAUAUGAGGAACAAAUUCAAAAAUCGUUACUUCUUUUUAUUAGUAGUUUAAUACCGAAAGAUGCUUUGGGUGCACUCGAUGUUCCUUUUAAGAUGUUUGUCAAUGAUAAAAGUUAUCGACCUGAUAUUAGAAGAGCUGCCAUUGAGCGCGUUUGUUUGCCAAUGCUGCAAAAAGCAAGCCUGAAGAUUACUAAAGAUUUCUAUGUUAGUCACAUCAAAGAAAUAAUGGAUAUUAUUGAAGCAAAAUUAGUUAAGACCGCAGACCUAGAAAAUCAAUUGAUAUCAAAGUUAGGCUCGUACAAGUUGAUGAAACUCAUGUACAGUAAAUUAUCCAAGCAAGACGUUAAUACAGCAGAGUCAUCGAUUGUGAAAGCUUAUACUGGACGUCCAACCGAAGAUGGCAAAGAAAUUACGAAAUCGAUUACAAAGGCAGCUCACGCUUGUAAGAGUGAUGAUUUACGUGGUGAAACUAGAUCAGUUGAACUUCAUCGGCAGUGUUGCUGUGCAGCUUAUAAUGCUCUGAUUUCUGUGAUAUCGUCAACGCAAACGGAAAUGAAAUUUUAUACCGUUUUCCUUUUUACCGAAAAUGUGGCAAGGAAACAACUUUUAUGGGAGAAUCUGAUUGAUAUGGAAAGAGAAUAUGCCUUCGAAAUUGAGUUAUCGUAUCAAGAUAAGCAAAAGACAACUUUCAGGUCGCUACGAGAACAAUCGCGCUCUUCAGUUUCUAUGGCUCCAAGUUAUCAUUUGCCGUCCCAAUAUCUGGCCGAUAGUUCGCUGAAUGAAGAAAUUAGUCAAUUUGAUUUUAAUAGUUCUACUGUUCAGGGGUAUUCGGAGAAUAAUUCAAUCAAACAAAUUCCUACUCGUGAAACCGGAGAUAGUGAAAAGUUCGCUGAUGAAGAGCUAGAACUAGAUGAUUUGAAUAAGCAUGAAUGUAUGGAGGCUUUAUUAACCCUCCUUGAUCAUAUGGCUGUCAACAAAAUUAAUCCUGCGAUUGAAAAGGAUACUACUCCUAGUGAAAUGCCAUCAUGGAUGGUUGCAUUACGAAAAAAAGCUAGCGAUCAUACCACAAAUCGCAACAUUAAAUUAUUUAUUGCCAAAUUGAUUAUUAAUCGACCAAAGAUUUUUAGACCAUAUGCAAAAUUUUGGCUAGUACCACUGAUACAAUUGAUUAUCGAAGGAAAGGAAUCGGAUGGAAUCCAUUACUUUAUUGUCGAUCUGAUGAUUGUUUUGCUUUCAUGGGCCGAUGUUGCUAUCCCUAAGGACGUUGACGAAAUUUUACAAGCUAAUCGACUGAUGGAAUUUCUGAUGAGAAAUGCAUUCUAUCCCAAUCGGAGUGUACUACGAAACAAUAUUGAAAUAAUUAAAACCGCUGUUGAAUUAUGGAAGAAUCACAUUGAAAUUCCUUAUCGGAUUAUAUAUAAGAAUUUUAGUAACCCCGAUAAGGAUAAGAAAGACAAUUCAACGGGUAUUCAGUGCCUUGGCCUUGUCGUCGCUAACGGAUUAUCACCAUAUCGUUACGAUGUUGAAGUUGAUGAAAUGUUAUAUUACAGAGCAUUAGCAGAAAAUUUACAGUUCAAAUACAAAGAGGUUUAUGAAGCUGUUGCUGAAGUAUUAGGCAUGAUAAUGAAGCAUCUUGCUAGCGUUAAAAAGGAAACUGAAGGUCCUAUAUUUGAUUAUGUGACCCAACAUCUAUCGUCGAUGGUAUCGGCUGGUCGUAUGGAUGUGGCAAGAUUUAUAUUAUGUCUAUAUCGUGUGCAAUUACAUUAUCCAAUUAUAGCCGAUAGAUUUGUCAAUAAAGUAUUAUUCUUAAUGCCGUCCUUGUAUGGCGAAUUUAAAACGAAAUGCUUAGAAAUUAUACUAGCGCGUGCUGAUCAUAUUAAAGAGUUAUAUACCGAAUUGAGAAAUAAGGGAUUAAAAGAUAUGUUAUUGCAUAGGGAUGAAUCAAAACAGCAAGUUUCCUUGGACUUAGUUCGAGCAAUGUUGAAAAAUUUGGAUAUAUCUCAAAUUUUAUAUUUGGCGGAAUUGGUCGCAACUUUUAAAACAAAUCCUAGUGCCGCGUGUCGGCAGAAGAUGUAUGGAAUUUUUAUGUGGAUCUAUGAUACCUUUAGGCAGGAAAUUGACAAGAAUGAUGAGACGAAACAACUAAUCAAUUUUUGCAAAGAUCAGUUGCUUCAAGGAUUAAACGAUAGCUCGGAAGAGAAUAGGUUACAACUUAUUAACUUUUGGAGUAAUAAUAAUCGUCUACCUAGCGGAACUUUGGAAAGGUUAAGUUCCGUACUGUAUGCACUGUACUCUCCUAAUGCCGAAUCAGAGUUUUUGUCUUAUUCAACUAAUUUAAUACUGGAACUUACCUCGCGCAGUCCUGAUUAUAAAUUAUCAAUUUUUGAUCGUCCAUUGUCUGAAUGCAAAUUUCAUGAUUACAAUGUCAACUACUCAUGGCAAUAUCGUCAUGCCAUGAUGACACCACUAUUUGCUGCAACUCAGUUAGGAUCGCAAGGAUCCAUGGCAUCAUUUUCACUUAGUGGUAGUAGUUCCACUGAUGAACAUCUGUUGCGUGCUACACAAAGUACGAAUUUGCAGUUUACACCAACACAAGACACUGAUGCACGUAAUUGGCUUGACCCGUCAAGUGUUGAUAAAAGUAUCCAGUCUUACGCUGCGUUCCUGCAGCAGUCAUUAUCAUCAACUAGUUCUGAAACUUCGAGUACACUACUAUUUCUGAGUUCAAAAAGUCCUCGUCAAAGGCCUUUGCAAAUGAAACCAUUGAGUAAAGAUUUCGGCCAGCAAAAACUAUCAAGUGAAACUGCAUCACAACCACAAUCGCAAUCUGUUUCCCAGCCUUCAUCCAGUUUAAAUCAUUUAAGGCGAAGAUAUAUUAAAAGUGAGAUGGCAAAUAACGCCUUCUAUGCUAAGCGGGAGCGAAGAAAAAAGCAACUUCGUGAGCAACAGAAGAUUGCACGCGAAAAUAAGGUUGUUAUGUACCGAAAAUAUCGUGAUGGAGAGUUGCCAGAUAUUCAAAUAAAGCAUUCUGAAUUAAUUGCGCCAUUUCAAGCUCUUGCUCAGCUUGACAACACCAUUGCGCGUAUGCUGUUUGCUUCUCUAUUCCAUGGGAUAUUUUCUCAAAUUGAAGAAAACUUUAACGAUGAGGAUGCUGCAGAGACAAAAGCGGAAAUUAAAGCUUCUCUUAGUAAUAUUGUCAAAAAGUCGAAACAUUACUUUCCUCCGUUGAUAGCCUGUGUUCAGGAUAUUUGUUAUCAGCAAAAAGAACUAUCAAUUCAAAGUAGUUUUGCUAGCGUAGCUAGCUUAGCUAGUUCACAGCAACCAAUAGGUAUUUUACUUUUGGAGAAGCAAAUUAUGCAUCUAGAUACUGAGGAACCUCCGUCGAAGCGUAUUAAAACGUCAAGCGCCUCAGAAGCCACGAGUAAUUGGAUUGAAUUAUCCAAAUUAUACAAAUCUAUUGGAUAUUAUGAUGUAUUGCGUGGCAUAUUUAGCGGACAUUUAGGCACUAAAGACAUUACUCAACGAGCCUUAGAAGCGGAAUCACGUCAUGAUUAUGCAGCGGCUGUGAAAUACUACAAUCAGGCUAUGGAUUGUUCAAGUUGGCCCGACGGUGAACCACAGGCGGAGGAAGAAGAUCUAUGGGAGAUCUCUCGAUUAGAAUGCUUAUAUAACUUGACACAGUGGGAUAAAUUAGAAUAUCUGUCGCUAGUUAACGUUGAUAACAAUGAUCCACCAUCAUUUGAUAAAAUAUGGGAAGAUAAUUACUAUCAGGAGAAUUACUUGCCCUUAUUUUUGAAAAGUAAGGCCAAGGUCAUGUGCGAAAAUGACCUAGCUGGAAGUGAUCAUUUUAUUCAGUAUCUAAACAAAUCACUUGCUAAUGACGAACAUCUCUCAGUUUUAGAGAAUCGUCAUUGCGAUUGUCUUGCUCUAAUCCAUGUUCUAUUGGAGAAGUACGAUCGUGCUCGUUAUUACCUAGAUUUCUCAAUACAGAAAUUUUUGCAGGAUUGGUCUGCGUUGGAUAGUACUUUAUCGUAUAGUCGUGCAUCCAAACUACAAUCUCUGCAAACAUUAACUGAAAUGCAAGAAUUUUUGCAAUUCAUGGACGAUGGACGUAAUUUUGAAUCUGUAACACCUGUGCUUUCUUUAAUAUCCAAGUGGUCUACACGUUUUCCUAAUGAAGUCAUUGAUCCUAUUAAUGUCUGGGAUGAUGUUAUCGUUAAUAGGUUAUCUUAUAUAAAUGCUUAUAUAAGUUAUUGUUAUGGCUACUUAAAUGAUUCGAUGGAGAUCGAUGGCGAAGACAGAGUGAUUUAUACUUUUCCUGUCCUAAAGAAACGAAUAGCAGAAGAAGAAGUUUCACUCUAUUUGAAACUUGCAGAUACAGCUAGGUUACAGUCAAAUUAUCCUGUCGCAAUAAAACAUCUGCGUCAAACGCUUUAUCAUAUUAAUCAGGUAAACGAAUUACUAACUGUCAAAUGGACACAUAUUUAUACCAAAGUCCAUUGUGAUAAAUCGUUACUGACUCCACCUGAUGAACGCUUAAAAACGUUACUAACUGCUAAUUCGCAAUUUGGUAUUGCCUCACAUUACCCAAUGCUAGCUUAUAAAUAUUACUAUCUAACAUUUCAUUUGAGUGUGAUAUUAGAAAAUACUACAUUGAUGAGGGAGCAUUUAUUACUUCGAAGUCGACUAUUGGACAUGACUAGCAAGAUAUUAGCAGAAUCUGGUAACAUACUAUCGCGUAUACAUAAAAUUCGAGUUAAUAUUGCUGAUAUCCUGUACCAAUCGUUUGUUAACCAACUCUGUUUUAUUUAUUCAUUGAAUAGUAGCUACAUUGAAGCUAUGAUGAUGAUGGUAAAUUUUUGUGACGAUAUACUACGCCAUGAAGAAGAUGGUCAAGCAAAUCAACCUAAAGGCCUUAUUGAUACUAAGAUUUUCCCGGAAGUAAUAAUACGUUAUACGCUCGAAGCAAUGGCUUACAACUCUAUGGAUGCACGUCAACGUUUUCCACGUUUGUUGCAAAUUGUUGAGCGUAAUCCUAAUACUAUUGAUGGUUUCAUGAGGAAGAGUUCUGCAAUUCCAUCUUGGAUGUUUAUUGGUUGGAUUAGUCAGAUGAUGGCAAUAUUAGACAAGCCAGAAGCGAGAGCGGUGCAGGAAAUUUUAUUCCGAAUUGCUGAUGAAUAUCCACAGGCUAUCAUUUACGCGUUUAAAGUUAGCAAUGAGCAAUAUACAUUUGAAGAAACAUCUGUAGGCCGCCAAAAUAAGACGGCAGUAUCAAAAUUAAGUAGUAAAUUACAACUGCCACUCAUAGAGAGUUUUGUUCGAGCAUUGGAGCAGCUGUCUCAGCCCGAUUUAGUGUUCAAGGAUUGGGUAGACGAAGUUAAAGGUUUGAAGAAAAAGUCUGGUUCUAUAGCUGAAAGCAUAAGGAUUUGCUACCAAAAGUUGCGAGAUGGUUUACUCGUUGAUGCUUCAAAUGAAUCAGAAGCUGCUUCAUCUUUAACGUCUGGUGAAUUGAUUGAAUUUGGGUCACACAAGCGUCGGUUCAUACAGCACUUUGGAAAAGUUAUUGAGCAAUAUUUUGGAAAAGAUGGCAGCAAAUUACAAUCGAUGAAAGCCUCUGAUUUUGAGAAAAUAGCUUCCAGAUUGAUACAAGAAAUUUCAGGAAAGAUUAAGAAUAGGCCAGAAAAUUUAAAAGAAUAUUGCCCUUGGUUAAGUAAUUUCCAAGCAGCGAAUUUUACUUAUUCUAUUGAAGUCCCAGGACAAUAUACUGGAAGAUCAAAGCCUUUACCUGAGUAUCACCUUAAGAUUGCUAGCUUUGGUGAAAGAUUACUGGUGUUGAAAUCAAUACGUAAACCGUUAAGAUUGACAAUUCAUGGAGACGACGAAAAGGAAUACUUAUUCUUAGUAAAAUGUGGUGAAGAUUUGCGUUUGGAUCAACGUAUCGAGCAGCUUUUCUGUGUCAUGAAUGAAAUAUUGGCGCAAGAUAGUAUUUGUAGUCAACAAGAUUUAAGACUUCGCACCUAUCAAGUUAUACCAAUCACUCAAAGGCUUGGAUUGAUCGAGUGGAUGAAGAAUACGAUAACGUUAAAAGAAUUUGUUACUGACGCUAUGGAAGAUCAUGAGAAGCAGCAUUAUCUAAGCAGUCAAAAUUCACCUCAUAAACUUUAUUCUAAAUGGUUGGGUAAAUUUGGUAGCGCAGGCGACCCUUUUUAUAUGUACCAAUCGAUGUAUAGAAAAGCUAAGCGUUCUGAAGUAGAAAAUCACUUUAAAUUCCGAGAGAAUUCUGUGCCGUGGGAUCUAUUGCGACGAGGUUUCGUAGCGUUAUCUGCCUCUUCAGAGGCAUACCUCAUGCUUCGAUCGCAUUUUGCAAGAACUCAUGCUACUGUAUCUAUAUGCCAUUAUUUACUUGGUAUUGGUGAUCGUCAUUUAUCUAAUUUCAUGAUUGAUCGUUUGACUGGUGGUAUGAUUGGUAUCGAUUUUGGCCAUGCAUUUGGGUCAGCAACUCAGUUCUUGCCACUACCAGAACUGAUGCCGUUCCGUCUAACGAGGCAAAUGCUGAAUUUAAUGCUUCCUUUACGAGAAAAUGGUCAAUUGAAAUGUAGUAUGGUUCACACAUUGCGUGCCCUACGAAAUAAACCAGAUCUGCUUGUAAACACUAUGGAUGUCUUUAUUAAGGAACCGUCAUUAGAUUGGCAGAAUUUUGCUAACCGACAAAAUGCUAAGCAGGGCUUAAAGACAGAAUCGGAUGAUUUUAGUUGGUAUCCUCGUGAAAAGGUUACUUUUGCGAAACGCAAAUUGAAAGGAGCAAAUCCAGCUUUUGUAACAAGGGAUGAGCUUAGGCUAUGCCAUCAUUUAUCUAUUUUGGAGAGUUUCGCGCUGGGGGAUAAACAAUAUAAUGAAAGAGCUCGAAUGCCAGCUGACAAUCUUUCAGUUGAAGAUCAAGUCACUUGUCUUAUUGAUCAAGCUACCGAUCCCAAUAUUUUAGGUCGUACAUGGCAAGGAUGGGAACCAUGGAUGUAG